GAGUGAGAGAGAGAUACAGACACAGCUCGAGAGAAGGAGGGAGAGAGAGGGGAGGUGGAGAGAGAGGAGGGGAUCGAGAGAGAGAGAGAGAGAGUGCGUGUGUGUGUGUGUGCGAGAGAGAGAGAGUAGCAGGCUCUCAUUAGGUUGGUUGUGGCACCCCAGCAUUGUUGGUGCCUCUCUAUUGACAACACCCUUAUAGGAGGAGCUGCGAGUGCGUAGAAGGCGUCAGAAAUCCUGAAUUUCUAACUUGCAUCUUGCAGGACCUUUUCCAAGCAGCCCCAUCUAAAGGAAAACUUCUGCAAGCAAGUAAACACUGGGAGUCAGCUUGCAGCUGACAGCGCGGACCCAGGCAAUCUGCCGGUGUAUGACUCCGCUUCACACAAUUCACAUAAAAGCCUUGGAAAUAGGGGGCUGAUUCACACAGAGACACACAAUCACUAAUCUUAGCCAUGUCGUAUCCUCAGGGUUACUUGUAUCAACCGUCAGCUUCGUUGGCUCUUUACUCGUGUCCAGCGUACAGCACGAGCGUCAUAUCGGGACCCAGGACGGAUGAACUUGGGAGAUCUUCUUCGGGAUCUGCCUUCAGCCCAUACGCCGGAUCUACGGCGUUCACAGCCCCUUCCCCAGGCUAUAACAGCCACCUCCAGUACGGCACAGACCCGACCGCUGCCUUCACUUCCUAUGUGGGCUCUCCCUAUGAUCAUUCGACGGGCAUGGCUGGAUCUAUAGGAUAUCACCCGUACGCCGCUCCUUUAGGCUCUUACCCCUAUGGUGACCCAGCUUACCGAAAAAAUGCCACCAGAGAUGCCACUGCCACCCUGAAAGCCUGGCUCAGCGAACACAGGAAAAACCCUUACCCCACUAAAGGCGAGAAGAUCAUGCUGGCCAUCAUCACGAAAAUGACCCUGACCCAAGUGUCCACCUGGUUUGCGAACGCCAGGAGGAGGUUGAAGAAGGAAAAUAAAAUGACCUGGACCCCGAGAAAUAGGAGUGAAGACGAGGAAGAAGAAGAGAACAUAGAUCUGGAGAAAAACGACGAAGAUGAGCCACAGAAACCUUUAGAAAAGGGGAACUCAUCGGAACCAGAGCCUGGAAAUCAGAAAACGAGCGUAGUUGAAAUUGCUUGCGAAAGAUUUGAGGAACAACAUUCCAGUAAAGAUGAGCAGAUCCUCAGCGAUUCGGAAUUCAAAGACUCGGAGGAGAAAGAGAUCCUUCACUCCCCCAAAGCUACCACUUCUUCCCUGGUUGUGCCUCACGGAACUGAGCUCUUGCACGAAAGCCACGACUCCGAUUUGGAAAAUGUACAUACAAAUCUAGCUCAUGCUCUUCCCAGUAAUACAGCGAACUGCAGCGUGACUUCAGUCAUUCAUUCGCCCCCGGCAACAACCUCCAAACCCAAACUCUGGUCUCUAGCAGAAAUCGCCACUUCGGACAAGUCGAAAGAACAGAGCGAACAACAGCCGAGUACGUGCCCAGGCCAUGGCUGUGCCGUGUCCGCCAGCGCCUCCUCGCCGUCCCGUUCCCCUUGCCCUUACCCUAACAGCGCGGUGCUGGGUCGGCCUCUCUACUACACCUCUCCCUUCUACACGGGCUACACGAACUAUGGCACUUUCGGACACCUUCACAGCCACCAUGGAAGUAGCAGCACAAAUCACUUCAGUUCUAAUGGAUUAAGUCAGACUGUCUUAAGCAGAGCAGAGGCACUGGCCAAACUCUGCCCAGAAUCCAAAACAAAGAGCCCGGCACCAGUAGAUCAUUGCAAGGACACAUCGUCUUAUGAGUUGAAGAAAGGUAUGUCGAACAUUUAAUAAUGGGGUUCUUCGCCGAAUCUCUGGACACUAUUUAUUUUACCAUGGCAAAUUAUUUCCCCGUCAACGUGGUAUAAAGUAACAAAGCAGUUUAAUUUCUGAUAAAUUCCAAACGGUUAAUUCAAACUGUUCAAAAGUAACAUCCGGAAAAGUCUUAACCAACCACGAAUUAAUUUGUAUUUAGACUAAUUCUGUAUAUUUAAUGUAGCUUUUUUUGUAUUUAAAAAGGAUAAUACAGCCUCUGAAGUAAAUUAUGAAACGAGUCUCUUGUACAGAUAUUAAUGUUGUUCUUUCGUAUAAUAUAUAUACAUAUAUAAUAUAAAUCUGUGUUUUGGAAAUGUUUCAUAAUUAACACAAUGGCAGUUUAAUUUAAGAUGAAAUCUGUUUCAUGGAAAUCGGGGGAAGGUUUCAACAAAACUAAAAGACAUACCAGAAACAAAAUAAUUUCAAAGGUCGCUGCUGAAAAAUUGUAAAUAUUUAAUUAAAACACAGUUUUAGCUUACACAUCCAGGCAAACAUUGUUGUUUGGCUUGUUUUGUUUUAUUUUAGGUGACGAAUCGUUAUUUUAAAAGAAAAUUAAUACAGGGAAGAGUGUGUGGCGCUUUUACAGAGCAGCUGGUGGAGUAUAAAAACUGGCUGGAAUAAUACGGCUAAAACUAAAGUGCCAUCCUUUAACCUAAUUACAUCUAAUCAGUGUCGUGUUUUAUGCAAAGCAAUCAGCUGGUGAACUUUGCUAAUGAGUUCGAUUUUAUGCCAAAUUUAGUCCUCAUUACUAUCGCAAAAAAAAAAGCAUAGCGGUGCUAUAUAUGAGGGAAUGAGAGCGGAAUACGUCGUGACAUCCGUAUAAGAUAACGUCGCCUAAAUUCUUCUCAUCACUAACUCUCAACCACCCAAGUUAUUUUCGUAAACCAUGUAAAUUCGUUUAAUUUUCCGGUUUUGGCCGCAAGCUUUCUUAGGCUCUGUUUUCCGCUGCUCAUAUUUCCCCCAUCCUGUACGUUACGAUACUGGAGUUCAUUCAACUAAGAGUGUUGACUUGAACUUUUCCCAGAUUCGCAGGUAGGUGUCACACUUGUUCUGAAUAGAAAACCGACAUCCUCCAAAUAAGUGCCAAAAAAGCAUUUAUUUUAUUGGAGAAAAAAAUAACAACAUCAAAUAGCACUCUUUGUCAUAUAAACCUCCCAGUUCACAAACGGGUGACUAACAAAUUAACAUAAAUUUUAAAGAAAUAUGGAAAAGAAAUACAACUCAUUAUUUGUUGUGAAUACGGCCAAUGACCCGAAAAUGUCACCGUACUUGGAAGUGUGAUGCGACGAAAACCAGAUUUUUUUUUGUGUGUAUGAAAUAUUGUCUCUGUGCAUCGAGUGUGUUGGGAGUAGGAGAAAAAAUAUCUUUGAAUUGUAUUUUUGUAAGGACUAUACCCAGAGCUUUUACUAAUUUAUGCGGUUGUUUUUUUUUCUUUGCGAAACAAUGGUCUCAGAAAUGAUUGUAAAUAAAA